CAAAAUUGCACGUAGUGACAGCACUUUGUUUAUAUUUUCUCGGAGUUUGUUGCCUGUUUCUUGGGUUUCCUGUAGUUUCGCGAAUCGAUAGUGAUUUUGUUUUUAGCAAAGAACCAUGUUAUUUCCGGAAGAUAGAUACUUUGCGGGGCCUCAUCCCAGCAAGGACUUCAAGCGACUGGAUGUGGCCUACGUGAACAAAUCGGAUAAGUUCCUCUUCAAGAGCAAGGACUUCUCGAAGCAGUUCUCCCACAUCUAUGCCUCGCGUUUGUCGGAAAUGGUCGGAUUGGUCACAGAACGAGUCAAGGAGAAAUGGGGAACCGAACAUCCCAUCAAGCAACUGGCCGAGCUGAAGGAGGACAGCCCCGAGAAGUGCAUCAUCAUCGGAACCUUGUUCAAGCACCAGGAACUGAAGCCUAGCAUUUUGCGGGAGAUUUCCGAGGAGAACCAGCUGGUUCCGCAGCCCCCUCGAUCGCAUUACACCGACGAUGCCGACAUCCUGAUCCUGGAGGACGCCCUGCAGCGCAUCCGUCUGAUGGGAAAGAUCGACGUGCACUCGGUUGUAACGGGAGCGGUCUGCGCUGUUCUAGGAGUGGACAGUUACGAGGACGGUGAUGGACGAUUUCGCGUCGAGGAUUAUCUCUUCUACGAAAGUGGACCACAGAAACCUUUGAAGCCAUUGGAAUGCUCUCCACUACUGGUGCUCAUGUCUGGCCUCAAUUUGGGCUCCCCAAAUGACUUCUCCAUGUCCAUGGAGCUGCUUCAGCAGUGGAUUUUCGGUAACCUGGAAGGAUUCGGUCAGAGUCGCGAUUGGGAAGCUGCCAGCGUGGUCCGCGUCGUGCUUGCCGGCAAUUCCGUGAAAGCCUCCGUCAAACCGAAGAACAAUCUCAACGGACGGCCCACAACCGAAUCCGCCGAUCUGCUGAAUGCCGUCAAGGCGGUGGACACCUUCGUGCACAAUCUGGCCCAAUCGGUAAACGUGGAUCUGAUGCCGGGUGAAUUUGACCCAGCCAAUCAUAUGCUGCCCCAACAGCCCAUGCACCAAUGUAUGUUCCCCAAGGCGGUGUCCUUUACGAGCUUUCGAGGUGUACCCAAUCCUUACGCUAUGGAAAUCGCCGGUCGUUCCAUUUUGGGCACUUCGGGUCAAAACGUGCAUGACAUAGCCCGGUACUCGAAGAUUGAAAACCCUUUGGAGGCCCUGAAAAGUACCCUGAUCUGGAGUCACAUUGCACCAACGGCGCCCGACACGUUGCCCUGCUAUCCCUACUACCAGCAGGAUCCCUUCGUUAUCAGUGAGUGUCCCCACGUGUAUUUUGCUGGGAACACUGGGGAGUUUAGGACCGAGCUCUGGAAGGGCAGCAACGGUCAACAAACGCGGCUGAUUUGCGUGCCAUCCUUUUCCGAAACUGAUUCUGUCGCGGUGGUGAACCUAAGGACGCUGGACUGUCAGCAAAUUUGCUUCAAGGUCAAUGAAUUCGAUGAUACGGAAGAAUGAGCUAGGUUCAGAGUUCUAGGAUAGUAUUUAAGUACGUGUUCAAUAAAAUUUUCUCAUUGAUUCCAUUACA